AUGCUACGAUUUCUGGCCUUAUGCCAUCUAACGUUAAUCGUCUUCACGGUGGCAGUAUUGAAACGACAUAAACCAUGUCUGAACGGCGACCUCGAAAACGACCAGUGCUUCUGCAGAGACGGCUGGACCGGUGCCUCCUGUCAUCGACGGAUGAACUGUGACGGAUUCGAGAGAGAAGCCAAUGGAUCGUGUGUUCAGUGCUCAGAAGGAUGGACUGGAGUCGAUUGUGAUGCCAUUCAGUGCAACGGUCAUGGCACUCCAAACUACGACUUGACAAGCUGCCACUGCGAAAAGCCCUAUUCUGGUCAGUUCUGUGAGACGUUCGAAACAAAAGACAUCUACUCCUACUACAACAGAAUCGUUUCACAAACGGGUGCUAUUGGAGUGCUCACCUGUAUGCGCUUUUGUUUCUCAUCUAUUCUCGGUAAAGCCCAGUUUUCUUUCAAGACAUUACUUAUUACUUAUGUUUAA